AUGGAGCAUCAGCCUGAACUCGCUCAACCGUCUCAGUCCACUAAGCCUCCAAGCCUUCAGUUUGACUUCCAAUGGCGCAAGUUUAAGACCCGCAUUUCCGACACCAACAAUCCUGAGAAAGGAGCUCUAUACAUUGUCGACUACAAUUCCUUUAAGAAACCCUCAAUUGUCUUCAAGCGGGUUACUGAGAAAGAAGGCGCGGAAGAAGUCAUUGGAUCCGGCACUUUACACACAUUUGGCAUCGAUGCCGACUAUGAACUACAUGGCCGCAAGGAUACCCUUGUUGCACAGCGCCGCUGGCACACAAGCUACUCUCAUCGCUCUCUUGCUGUCUCAAGCAACGAGAAACCGGUCAAAAUGAUCUGGUCCAGCGAUAGUGAUUUCAAGACCUGGGACUUCAUCUGCUGCGACGAGCAACAAAUGCCCGUAGCUAAGUUCUCAGCCAAUAUCUGGGCGACAAAGAAAAUGGGCAAGGUUGAAUUUAUGGGACCCUCUGCGAAUAGCAAGGCGCUGCAUGAUGAGAUCGUUGUGACCGGGCUUACGUUGUUUCACUGCAUGGUACUCCGAACCUCAAGUCUGCUUUCCUUUUUCGGCGCAAUAUUUGCCAGUCCUGGUCAUGACAAGAAAUGGAAUGAAGAGUCGCAGCAGGACUCUAAGACGAAUUCCAAGCCUUGCAGUGAGGGGAAACAGCUUGAGAAAUAG